AAGGUAUGUGUCUGCUACAGGACAUGUUUAAUAAAAAAAAUAAAAAUGUGUACAUUUGAUAGAAAUGCCAUAAAAGUCAACAGAAAAAAAAUCCAUUAACUUGCAUGUGUUUGCAGCUGUACUUUAUGUGAUAAUCUUUUGAGGGGUGUCUUUAAUGAUAUCUAGUUAUGUGCUGGUUUAUAAUCUGCUACUGGUUUGAGGUUUUUUGGGGGUUGAAGUAGAGGUUCCAUGGUACUUUCUUCUAGUUCAUGCUUGUUAGAAUGCUUUGUGCAAGUAGAAUACUCAUGACAAGUCAAGUAUAAAGAAAAAGGUCUAUUAGUUUGUGGAAGUUGGUAAGUAAUAAAAACAUGUAUUUUAGAUGUAUAUCAGUUUCGGUGGUUUACUUGGAUUGUUUUAAUUGCAUGGAAUUAAUACUCCAGGUAAGAACAUUGAUUCUGUGUCUUUGUUUCACCCAGUUAUAAAUCUGGGGGAUCUAGCAGUUCAACUUCUGCUGUACAAGUCUUAAAGGAGUAUAUGUGCAACCUUCUAAAAGUGUAAUUUUUCUAGAGAUAAACAGAUCAUGGCUAAGAUCCUGAUCUGCUUCUAUCAUUAAAAUGUUUCUGGGGCUUUUUAUAAGCCAGACUCUGAUUUAGUUUUUCAAGUUUGACUUUUGAUAUCUAUUAUUAGCCAGAAGUAGGUGUUGUGAAUUCAUCAUAUUGAGCAGUGAGGCAUUUCCAUUUUCCAAUAGAUUAACUUUAUGCUUCUGGCAUAAACCUGCUUUCUGUGAAUAUACUUUCUACUUGUGACAGAAAACAUGUUACUAUUAUUGUGGCUAUUAUUAUUAAGUCGUUGGAGUAAUUUGUUUUGCAGUAGAACAUGUCUGUAACAGUGUAAUACAGUUACAGUUAAUAUCAUGACCAUUUUACCUUGUCAGUUCUGUCUUUUUUUUUGUCUCAUGUUUAAUUGUUGUUGUUGGGGGUUUUUUGUUUGCUUGUUUGUGGGUUUGGGAAAGGUUGUUUGUUUGUUUUAUUUGCUUUAAUACUGAUUAAGAGCUCUUGGGCACUAUCUCCCUACCGUUGUAUGAACAUCAUUUAGCACAGUGCACAUUUAGCAGACUGCAAAAUUUAGGGAUUUCUUAUUUUUUCAGAUACUGAUGUCAGUGGGCAAUGGCUGCCUGUGGUGGCUGUAUGUAAUACUGGCCUUUAUAUGUGAAAUAUUUUUUAAUCAGCCAGUGGUAUGCUAAUUAAAUUCCUAUUCAUGCCCUAAUUAAGAACUACUAUCUUAUCAAACCUGUCUCUGGACAGCUUUGCUGCUGUAGUUUGUGAGCAUCAAAAACAAUUUCUGGGGUUUUUUUCCCUGAGCAUUUCCCAACUUUAAGAGACCUUUGACCCACUCAGUGUGUGUUUUAUGUAGGAAGGCACCAUUUUCAUAAGGCACAUUAAGCAUUUUUCUCUCCACAGUUUUUGUAACAGGUUAUGAGCAUGACAAUUCCAUGCUCACAGUGUGGAGGAUCAAUAUAUUGAAAAAUAAGUAUGUUAAUUGUUAUGUGAUCAGCUAUAACCUUUUGUGUCUAGCUCCCUGGUGCCACAGCAUCUAAUAACAGGAACAGCACAACUCCAUGCACUGCUGUUUAGGCUGGUUCAUUUUGUUCUUUUGUCCAAAGCUGUUCCCUAAUUGUCCUGUGGGCAAAAAAUGAGUUUCCUCUGUUUUCAUCUUACAAUUAAUUCCAAUGGUUUUCGCUGAAGUAUUGUCAAAUGCUUCUCAUUGUGCCACAAGAGUAUCUUGGGAUUGGUGGGAAAUGGGAGGGAGAAAGGAUGGGAAGGGGAUGUUAGGUCCCCUUUGCUUGUAAUGUGGCUCACUAGGCUCUUUGGAAGAAAGGGUAGGACUGGAAAAUGCUAGGUUAAAGGAAUUGCUGGGCCUAUUCUUGGAGUCAUGGGGCUUUUUCAGCAGAAUACGGCCAAAACUGCAGCUUGGGAUAAGUCAGUCUUAAAGCAGGCUUGUUUGAGGUAUGAACAACCUGACACAGAAAGCCUAGAGAGGUGUUGACUGGUUUCUAGCUGUGGUGUUGUGUUCCUGUGAUAUGGUUAAUGGGAUAAUGCACAGAGACUAUCUGUGGUUCCUGUUGUCUUCUGGAAUGGUGCAACAGGAUGCCUUCCCAGAGAGCUGAGCUGGAAAUGCUUAUUAUCACAUAUUGGCGCUCUACUGACUAUAUUGCAGGAAUAUCACUGCUCUAGGAAGUGCCAAACAACUGGGUGAUGCUUCAGCAAAAAUCCAACCUUGAGUACUAUGGCUGGUCUCUCCAUUGUGAUGUGUUUGACUUAAUCUGUUAUGUAGACCAGCAAAAUUAAUAGAAAACUUCUCACCUAAGAAGUUUUUUCUAUGUUUCUUACAGCUGAGCAGAGGGAAAGCAUGUUUUAUUUUCCUCCAUGUUUGACAACUUGAGAAAAAUACAAGAGUGGAGAAUGAAAUCAAGGACUUCAAAGUCAAAAAAAAUUUUUUAAAGUUUUGUUUUCAAAGAAAGUUUAUCUUUAGAUCUUACUUAAUUUGCUGGGAACAAAAAAGGUGUUUUAGAAUAAAGCUCAAGUUUUCAGAUCUAUCACUAAGCAAUGAAUAAUGGUGGCAUAUGAUAAAUUACUUUGAUUUCUUGACUUCACUGAAGUAUUUUAGCACUGUGAAUGGUGAUUAGAAUAAAUGGGAAAGAUGUAAUCAUGUAUGGAAAUGUUUUUUGCCCUCUGCUGCUUUUCUAUCAAGGAAUAUAGAUACUUGUUAUUUUAGAAAGAAAAUGAAUCAUUUUAUAAAAGCAAGAUUCUAGAUUUGAAAAUCUGGGGUAACUGCUUUUGUUUGUAGGUGCUUUUUAUGGUUGGUUUUUUGUUUGGUUUUCUGGGUUUUUUUGGGUUUUUUUUGAGGACAUAUGGAUAAUAAAAUAUAAAAAGACCUCCAAUAGAGAAAAGUCUCAAUUGCAUAUCUGCUAGCCUAUAUUUGUUAUUAUUACCCUUAAUUUAUCCUUCAAAUAUUUCUGGAAAUUAUAAAGGUGAAUGUGGUACGUGGUUUGCAUUUUGCUUGGGUUAUUUUUCACUUUUAUGCAUGAAAACUUUUAUUCAUAAAUAAUGUCUUUUGUCUGAGCUUUGUCCAUCCUGGGCUUUGUUGGAGAUGAGAAUAUUAGCAAAUCUGUGCCAGGGAUGUUACUCCAGCAAUUGCAAAAGAAGAUGCAUUUGCUAGGAUGAAAUCUAUGCUGUGCUCUCAGAGCCCUCUGAAGAGUAAAAGAAACACAUUAAACAGCUGCAGCUCCAUUUGCCAAGAAAUAUUCUUGGAGUUUUACCAGAUCUGAACUUCUGUAUUAAAUUGGAGCAUUGUUGCUUCUUGAGAAAAAGACAUCAGCCAGCUAAAAAUUGUGAGUAGUUUUUGCAUUGAGAGCACACUUGCACACACAGGUAGUUUAUAUGGUGUAAACUCCUACUGGAGUAUGGCAGAUGUCAGACACUUCAGCUGGUGAAAAACUGCACUGGUGUGCUUCUAAGUACAUGGUUAUCCUUAGCUGGCCUCUCCAUCAAAACUCAAGUAAAUUAUACCUGUGCUUUUAUCCCAAAGAAACCAUUCUCAACCCAUUUCAUAGGUACUCAUGGAGCAGCUGGGAGAUUUGUGAGUCCUUUUCACAGUCUGAGGGUGGACAGUCACAUCCUCUCAGACACUGAGUGUAAUACUCACACCAUUUCAACUGGGUUCAAGUUUGUGAUGGGCAAGGGGAAAUGAGGCCAGGCAGAAACCACUGUUGGAUGAAGAGGUCAUGAAUGCUUGAUCUCAGAUGGUGAUUUUAUUUUGUGCUAAAAACCUACCAACCUUCUCUUCACCACCAUAAUGGAAGACUUUACAUAGAAGAAUUGCCCCAAAGCCUUUGUCACACAUGAGGAAAAGGUUGCAAAAAGUUCAUGUAAUGAGUAAUUAGAAAAACCUUUUAUAAGAAUAUGGGAGAAGAGGUAUUAAAAUACAGGGAGAGAGACAAAACUGAAAUAUUACAUAGUAUGGAAAAAUGGAGUAUUGAGCUGUACUUGAAAGGGAAAAGGGAGGAAAAAUCCCCCAAGAAAUGAGAUUUCAGAAAAUGAACAUUCCACAUUUUGUUUCAUGUCAUGUCCUGUGAAGACAGUAAUUAACAUAAUGAAAUAUUGGGCACCCUCAUUUUGUUUAGAAUGUAAUUACAGGAAGCUCAAACAAAUGGGCUGUUGGAAUUAAGCUGUCAAGUAUUCAGUAUUCCAGGUGGGAUCAACUGUGUGGUGUUUGGACUCCUUGUGUCCUCAUCACUUCAGAAAUGGGAGUGAGGAAAGCACAACACCUGAGCUCUCAUUCAGUCAGCAAACGUAGGAAUGAAGUUGCUACAUUUAAUACUUAAAUUCUGUGUUGCAACAUCUGUGGUUUUUUUGUAAGGUAUUUAAAACAUCCUUUCAUUACUGUUUUGCAAUGAAGACCAGCGUGACAGUUCUGUCUCAAUACUGUGCAAUACAAAGGUGAUCACAAAGCCUUAUUUCAUUUUUGAAAACAGAUUAUACAUACAGAUGCUACCAAAUGCAGAACAACUCAGUAGCCACCCCAGAGUUAAUUAGUCUAGAGUUUGACCCAGACAGAUGGCUUUGACAGGUGUCAAUUCCAUGGUUUGACUGAAAGCCCAAGACCUGCGUGACAGUACAGCUGUAUUCCCACCUCACUGCUUGUGCUUCAGCCUCCCAUGCCAAGCCAUGAGUUAGGAGAAUUUUGUGUCCUAUGAUGGUCUGUGGAAAUAUAUUGCCUUUUUUCUUACUCACACACUCUGCCCAAAGCUUUCUCAUGGUAAAACUCAGUUCUUGUAGUAGAAGAGAAAACUGAUAACUAUUCCCUAAGCACCUGCUCUGUGCCAGUCCAGACUUUGUAGAUGCCUGUCUUAACCCACCUCAGCCAGCUCUUUUCCAAGCUAAUGAGCCCUGUUCAGCCUUUGAAAACUCUUCCUCAUCUUUCUUAGACAUUGCCUUUGUAGCCUGGACUAUUUAAAGUCUGCCACUUUUGCCCCACUCUUUCUCUGUGCUAGGAGGCAAUAUUCUAUAAUUUACUAGUAAGCUCUAUACAUUUUUGGGCUUUGACUUGUCUUGCUCAUUUAGAUUAGUUAAUGUGUAUUUUUGGAGUCAGCUUGAUCAGUGAUUGUCACCCUUUUUCUAUCUGGGAAUCAAAAGCCAGCCUCCUGGAGGUAUUCCAGAUCCUUCAGGACAGUAUGAGCAAGCUCAUUUCUGACAGUGCUGGCCAGUUGGCAGGUGCUUUUUUAUGUAGGAGGACAAUGAUAGGCGAGAUAAGGAUGGCAGACAGGAGACAGGAAAGCAGAGACUAAGGCAGAAGGCUUUAUUUGUCAGUCUCAAAUAUUUUAUACUUUAUACUUUUUCCUCCCUUGUGCUAUGCAACUAUCCUAAAGGAUGUUGGGGAAGGGAUGAGGACCAGCAGUAUUUUUUAAAGAGGUUAAAUUUUCCACGUCUGCCUUUACUCUCUUUUGCAACGUUCCUGUACCUGUUCUGUAUGUUCUUUCAUUUCUCAGUGUGUGGGCUGCUGUUUUCAUGACAUCCCCUGGCUCCACCAUUCUGAAUGACUCUCCAUGUGUUGCGAAAGAUUGUGAGAGAUGAUGUACCUGUUGACCUUUUCAGGAGAAUAAUUGGGAAGUAUAGACAAGAUGACGUGGGCCACCCUGCAGAUUGAGGAGGGAGUAAAAAAGCAGAAGGCGAUGGCACUUGAAAAUUUAAUCUCCACUGGGAUCAUCCAGAGAGAUGAGACCCCCAUGGAAGAGGAGAUUGUUGGCCGGUGCCAAGGAUGUUUCAGCCUUGCUGAUAUCAUGUACUUCUCCAAGAAGGGCUGCGAGGCAGUUGCAGAAGAUGAAGUCACUCCACGGUUCUGCUCCGAGGAGCUGCUGUCCUGGAAUCUCCUCAGCAGAACCAAUGCCAACUUGCACCAUGUCAGUUGGAAACUGGCUGCUGUGUGGGUCACUGGCAUCAUAAUUCGGUAUUGCCUCCUGCUGCCUUUCCGCAUCUGCUUGUCUGUUUUCAGUGUCCUGUUGCUGGUGUUGGCCACUACAGUAGUAGGACAGUUCCCAAAUGGCAGAGUUAAAGGCUGGCUGAGCAACCAGGUCCAGAUGAUAUGUGCCACCUUAGGUGUCCGAUGUCUGAGUGGCCUCGUUCAUUUCCACAACAGGGAAAACAAACCACAGGAAGGAGGCAUCUGUGUUGCCAACCACACAUCUCCACUAGAUGUUCUAAUCCUGGCCAGUGAUGGAUGCUAUUCUUUGGUUGGCCAGGUACAUGGAGGGUUUAUGGGACUUAUUCAAAAAUCCUGCAUGCAAACCUCUCAGCAUGUCUUGUUUGAACGCUCAGAAAUGAAAGACCGUCACCUGGUGAGGAAAAAAAUUAGAGAACACAUUGCAGAUAAGGCCAAGUUACCCAUUUUAAUUUUCCCAGAAGGCACCUGCAUUAACAACACAUCGGUAAUGAUGUUUAAGAAGGGAAGCUUUGAGGUAGGAGGAACCAUCCAUCCAGUAGCAAUCAAGUAUGACCCUCGCUUUGGAGAUGCCUUCUGGAACAGCACAAAGCAUUCCGUGAUGACCUAUGCUUUUAAUGUGUUAACCAGCUGGGCUAUUGUCUGCAAUGUGUGGUACCUGCCACCGAUGGUCAAAGAGGAAGAAGAAGAUGCUGUUCACUUUGCUGACAGAGUGAAGGCUGUCAUUGCUGCUCAGGCAGGAAUGUCUGUGCUUCCUUGGGAUGGGGGACUGAAAAGGAAAAAGGUCAAAGAGUCUUUCAAGGAAGAGCAACAGAAAAAAUAUUGCCAGAUAUUAAUACAAAAUGUAUCUGUGGAAAACAGAAAUAUUUGUUAAAUGCUAUUUAUUUUAUCUCAUUUUUCCAUGACUUAUCUCUACCAGAGAAUAGACUGUUUUUAUAUUAAACCAAACAUGUUUUCCUUCUGUCCCUGUAAGAUAUUUUGCAUGUGACACAGCAGGGAAACCAUAAAGAGAUAUCCUUAUUUAAAGAAAAGUACUAGAAUUUUAUAAAUAGGGAAAUAAAAUAUGCUAAUAAAAUUCCCUGUGAUGCUGGGAAGACUCUAUAGUAAAAUUAAUUAUGUUCAUUAAAAUACCACUUUAAAAUAUUUGCAAUACCUUGAGGUUUUAAAUGGUUACUUAUAGUAAAUCACCUCUGUACUGCUAGACUCUCUCAGGGACUUAGACUAGCAAUAUUCAUGUGAGCCACAGUAACCAUGUUGCUCUAGAGAUAGAUCUCCUGAUGUCAGAAGACACGAAGCAUUUCACCAAAACAUGUUUUCUGAACUGCAUGUUGGAGAGGAAGUUUCAGAGAGAAAAAGCAGAUGAAGAUUUUCUCCUUCAUGUCACAAGACCAGGAGUGGCAUUGUAGAAAAUUUUCUGUUGUGACAAAGACCAGAACAGUGUCUAGGGCAGCAUGUUCCUGAUGCCUGGGUGUGUGAAGCCGAGGUAAAUUAAUCACAGCCAAGGACAAUGUCAUAGAAAAUAUGAUGUGUUUUUAAAUCUUCUCUUGUGGUUUUGUUAGAUCCCUUUCUGAGUCUUUUUGUAUGCACUACACAAACUAAAGAAAACCCAUGAUGUGACAUCCACUGUCCUCUGUUGCUGUUAUUUCUGGGUAUCCACUUGCUUGUGUUACUACUGGAUGUGAAGGCUGAGUAUUUGGCCUCUGAAAGCUCAUCCUCCAGGAACAGAGCAAGUGUACUUAAGGAGCAUGAAAUGGGAAUGUUUCUGCCUCCUGUAGUAUUUAUUGGUAUAAAAUAUUUGCUCUCCUGGUAAGUAGCUCCCAUAUAGAAGGGUCAGGCUUCUUUAACAAUCUGAAUGUCCCUAAUGAAACGCACACAAAUAGAUGCUGCUUUGGCCAAGGUGCUCUUAAGACAGCCCUUGGUAAGAACAGUUAAUAAUGUUUACAUGAUAGCAGCUAGUUGGCUGAAGUCUCAGGAAAGACAGAGGAUCAGUCUUGGUGAGCACAAAUACAUCCUACAGAGGGACAGAUGCACAGAUACAACUCUGUCCAGCCCUGGAGAGUCUAGAAAAACAGUAUCCAGUGGAGGGCUAACAGAAGUGAUAAUUGCCCUGAGGCUGCAUGGCACAGAGGCAGCAUGGAACUGAACUCUCCUCUUCUGUGGCCAGGCCUGGCAUUGCUACAGGAAUGUGAAUUUCUUUGGUGAAUCAGUGAGACUGAGUGUUGGUGUAAGCAAUAGGAGAAUCUGCCAUUUUGCACAGCUUUUACCCACCCAGGCUAAAAGGAAAGCCACCAGGUAGUAAAGGAAAAUUGCCUCAGACUCUCCUGCUAUGGAACAGGUCUGCUUGUUCACAACUACAGUAAGAUGUGCUUCCAUGGCUGUUUAAGCUGAUGAUUUAUUUUCUAGGUAUAAAAAUGUGAAGAAAUGUGAUUGAAAACCCUGAUAACUCUCAAAUAUUUUCAGUGUGCCAGAGUUUAAAACUGGGAGAUUUUCUUUCUGUGUGACUGAUUUCUGAGAGCUGCUAAUAGAGACUGCAGUAAGACAAGUGUUGAGAGCAUUCUUCCCACACUAGCAUGUGCUUUCUUCCUUUUCAGAGGUAAAAUGGGAGACUGAAUAGGCAAAAAGAGGGGCCAGACACAAGAAAAUACGGGGAGAUACAAAACAACUGCUGGAAGAGAAAUUUUCUGUUUCUGUAAGAAAUUAGGAGAAUGAUGUGCCUUUUUUUUCUAUUUUGCAAGACUUCUCCAGCUCAUCAAGAGGAUCCUUGGAAUGCCUGAUUCUCAUUAUGGUUAUGACUCCAAGUUGUGUAAAAGUAAAGCUCAGACCUCUGAA